GUAUUUUAUAGGCCAAAUACAAUAAAUAAAUCGUAAUUAGGGACCCAAAUCUACCUUGAAAAACAAAGAAACAGGGCUAGAGACACCGUAUUGAACAUGGUACCCGUAACAACCAAUGAACAACUGACAGGAUAUGAUUACAGGAAAUAUAACAAGUGAUCUGGCUUCGUAAGGUCCACACUUCAGUCCUUGCUUCUGUGCAUGCAAAACAUGCAUGAGAAUAUUUAUUGCAAUACUGUUCUAAAGACCACGUCAAGACCAUCAAAUAAAAACUCUUUCAGCAAGGAACGAGGCGGGACUGUGGUUCUCUUUGUUGCCCUCUUCCUGUCUUCGGUGGCUAAUGCGGUGUUGGUAUAUCUGCAUUACAGAGAUGGUUGCGAGCCAGUUACAAACUGCACAGAUCCCGUGCUUCAUGAAGCACUAGAUGACGAACACAAUGCACAAAACAUAUGGAUCCAUCCCAAGGAUAAUAAAGACUGGACAGCAGCUCAUAACUGUCCAGAAAAAAAUUUUGCUGAGGUAUGGUUCAAGGGCAAGGGUAGAUUCUAUGUUUUCUCUACGGAUGCAAAGAACUGGAACAGCAGCAGGGAACGCUGUCAGGCUCUGGGUGGAGACCUGGUGAUCAUCAAUAGUAAAGAGGAGCAGGAAUAUGUUGCUGGCCUGAUAUUGAAUACGACAACAAAAGCAUUAUAUUGGAUUGGUCUGAGCGAUAGCCACGAUGAGGGGAAGUGGCGGUGGGUGGACGACACCCACUUAACUCAUAGAUUUUGGGCAUCUGAUCCGGAUAACUACACAUCGCCUGAGUAUCCUGAAGGUGAAGAUUGUGUUAUUUUAAAUGGACGGAUCACAGAAGCAAAAUGGGGAGAUGUUUCUUGCUUAAGGAAAGAGAGAGGGAUUUGUGAAAUUUUGUGUGCUUAGUAAAUGUUUGCCAUAUGAAUUACUUUGACCUGUGGUUUACCAUACAGGUGCACGAAAAUCUGAAAAAUUACAAUCAAUUUAAUAGUUUUUAACAAUAUAACGUUAAAGCAGAUGUGUAUCAGAUUAUUGAAUGUAUUGAAUCAAAAUGGUAUUUUACGUAUGAAGAGUCUAUUUACAAAAACAGAUAAACAUUUUUUAUUAUUAUUUUUAUGUGUCAUGUUUUUUGUGUUUUAUUAUGUUAGUUAGCUUUAUUUUUUAGUUGUUAUUAUUUAAUCUAAAUAUCUUAAUAAUAAACUGCAGUUGAUUGAUAUUCAUUGUAAUGCACAAUAAAAACAUGAUUUUACAAAUUGUUCUACAAAUGAACUCUUCAUGUAUUCUGUCUUCUGAGUUGUGGUUUGAAGAUACACAAUAAAAACUAUUUUGCAUGGUUA